ACUCGUCGAAUUCCUCGCGAAUUCCGUCGCGCAUUCAACUCGAUUAUAUGUGAAUCGUAUGGAAAAUAGUGCGAAUUGAACGCGAUGGAUACCGGAAAUGUGAAGAAGAAAGCGGUCGAUGGCGGCUGGGGAUGGUUCGUCUGUCUGGGCAGCAGCCUAAUCACGCUUUCUUUAAGAUCUUUGGAUCCCUCGUUUGGCCUCCUCUUUCACGAUCCCUUUCUGGAGCUUGAGAUAGACUCCACAGGAGCGUCAUUGAUAAUGAGCAUUCUUGAUGCCAUCGUCAAUUUCUCAGGCCUUUUAGUGGGACCGUUACUGAAGAGCUAUUCAUAUCGACAAGUGGCUUUCUUUGGAUCUCUUUUAAGCUGUUGUGGACUGAUACUGACGUCGAGGGCCAAUAGCAUGUUUCAUAUUAUUUGCACUUACAGUAUUUUAGCAGGCUUAGGAACUGGACUAGCAAUCGCAUCGUCUUUCGUGGCAUUAAACACAUUUUUUGACAAGAAAAGGGGACAAGCUGUUGGCUUCUCUAUGGCAGGGACAACUUUGGCCAUGAUGAUAGUACCUCAGUUAAUACAUCUCCUUUUGGACUCUUAUGGAUUUCGAGGAGCGAUGCUGAUCGUUGGAGGAUGGGCACUACAUUCCACUGUUGGUGCUUGUUUGUUACGUCCCAUUGAAGUUAAAAAUGCAAAGGCUGCUAAGAAGAAACCCAAGAAAUCAUCUGAAAAUGACACGUUACUACAAGUAAAUAGCAAUGGAGUGAUAAGAAGAAUGGAAAAUGGCACCAAUGAAAAUAAUACCCUAAUACAUAACAAAACAGAGGAACUAGAAAAGAAAUCCCACAAUGAAUACUUUAAGAAGAUAAAGGAAACAUUCGAUUUAGAUUUACUUAAAAAUGGCGUCUAUCUAAACGUUAUUGUCGGUCUGAGUUUGUAUUACGUUGCUGAGUCAAACUUCAAACUAAUGACACCAUUUUUUCUCACCAGUAUAGGAAUGAGCAAAGCGGAAGUUGCCUCCUGUUUGUCUGUAACUGCAUUCACCGACAUACUUGCCCGACUUCUACUUCCGACUAUUUUCGAUAAAUUGGGAUUCAAGAAGAGAACCGUAUUCUGGGUGUUUUGUAUUCUAGUCGGUAUUGGGCGAUCCAUUAUGGCAGCGCAAUCUAAAGGAACAUUUUUGAUAGUAACAUUCGUGAUAAUAGGAUUUUUACGUGGCGCCACUUUGGUAAACUUAAAUCUUAGCGUUUCUGAAUGUUGUUCUUUAAACAAGCUGCCGAGUGCUUUUGGAAUAUUUAUGGUGUCUAAAGGUUUAUUCGUCGUAGUGAUGAGUCCUUUAAUUGGAUACAUCAGAGAUGCCACUAACAGUUAUACCAUUUGUAUACACGUUAUGACAUUCAUGAUAUGCAUAACCUUUACUGCAUGGAGUAUCGAGUUUAUAUACAAGACAAUUCAAGCAAGAAAAUCUUCUUUAGCGAAAGCAGCACGAAAUGAAAUAAUUGAAUAA